CGCUCCUGCAAAGUUGUCGGGUUGGUUAGGUGAGGGAUCUAUCGCGUCGGUUCCUCUAUUGCUCCGCAUUCCAGUCGGUGCGCCGUUGCCGUCGUGUGCUCUCCGUGUGCGCUGUAUACGUGUGCGUGUGUGUGUUUGUGACCGUGAAAGGAAGGGGAGCCGCGGCCGCGUUACUGCGGAGCGGCGGCACAAGAGGGGACAGCCUGACCCGGAGUGAUUCGCAGGACGACGACUUCGAGGAAAUGGCGUUUCCCGCCGCUGUCUCCGCUUUCAGAGAGAGCGCGACGGCGCGUCGUCCUUCGUGAAUUCGCCGUGGCCGCGUGCAACACCUCCCGAAAGCAGUAGCGGCGAGUGGCUAGCGCCUGGCCGCGCUGCGAACGACCAACCGCGCAGCUAUGACCAACACCCUGUCGAAACUGAUCGAGAAGUUCUCCGAGUCCCAUGGCGUGCCUCGGGAGCGCAUCACUAGGGGCAUCGCGGCGGGCAUCUUCGCCGCGUACGUCAUUCGCGUCGGCUACCCGCUCCUCUCGAACGUCGCCGAGUCGCUCAAGAAGAAAGCACGGGCCGCCCAGGACCGCAUCUCCACGACGAGCCCGGAGAAGACGACUGCCCGACUCGAAGUCGUGGGUCUGGACAGCGUGACGGACCUCGCGCUGGCCGCCGUGACGCCAGCGGCCGGUGCUGUCAAACCGGACAACGUCAGGGUCGCGGCGAGUACGCUGGCAGCCCUGCGCGCGUUCCCGGCCUUCAACAAGACGUUCCUCCUGCAGCUGUUCAAGCUCAUCCGCAUCAUGAUCCCGGGAGUGCGAACCAUCGAAGGCGCGCUUCUCCUGCUUCACACGCUUUCGCUCGUCUCGCGCACCUUCCUCUCCAUUUACGUGGCUCGACUCGAGGGUCAGGUGGUCAAGUUCAUCGUGCGCAAGGACAUGACCCGCUUCGCGCUGCAGCUCUCCAAGUGGCUGCUGGUCGCGAUUCCCGCGACUUUCGUCAACAGCCUGAUCCGAUUCCUCGAGAGUCAGCUGGCGCUCGCCUUCCGCACGAGGCUGGUGCGCCACGCGUACGGACUGUACUUCAAGAACCAGACCUACUACCGGGUGAGCAACCUGGACGGCCGACUCGAGAACGCCGACCACUGCCUCACCGAGGACAUCACCACGUUCAGUCAGUCCGUGGCCCACCUGUACUCGCACAUCACCAAACCCCUGCUGGACGUGGUCGUCAUCACGUUCACGCUGUUUCGCAUGGCGCACGAGAUGGGAGCGUACGGUGUGCCGGCGCCCGCCGUCGCCUUCUGUGCCGUGGGCGUGACGGCCCUCAUCCUGAGGAAGAUGACGCCUCGCUUCGGCAAGAUGGUCGCCGAGGAGGCACGUCGCAAGGGAUACCUGCGAUUCGUGCACUCCAGGCUCAUCGCGAACGCCGAGGAAAUCGCCUUCUACGGCGGUCACAAGGUAGAGCUGGGCCUGCUGCAAAAGAGCUACCGUGCCCUGGCUCGCCAGAUGAACCUGAUAUUCAACCAGCGGCUGUGGUACAUCAUGCUGGAGCAGUUCCUCAUGAAGUACAUGUGGAGCGCCACCGGCAUGGUCAUGAUCUCACUCCCCAUCAUGACGGGCAUCACGCCGCGGGUCGAGGACGAUGACGAGGAGACGUUCCAGAAUGAUGACGGCGUCAGCACGAGGACGCAGUUCAUCACGACGGCCAAAAACAUUUUGAUUGCCGGCGGCGAUGCCACCGAAAGGCUCAUGUCGUCCUACAAGGAGAUCACCGAGCUGGCCGGCUACACUGGGCGAGUGUCCAAGAUGCUCUCGGUCUUCGAGGACGUGAGCGAGUGCCGCUACCAGCGGACGCUGGCCAUCUCCAGCGAUGGCUGCGCCAAGAAGACCUUUGGCCUCAAGGCUCUCACCUUCAAAGACGGCAUGCCCGAGAUCAAGGGCACUGUGAUCGAGAGGAAUGGCAUCAUCGUCCUCGAGAACGUGCCCAUAGUCACACCCAACUGUGAUGUCGUCGUACCCAGUCUCACGUUCACGAUGACGCAAGACAUGCACCUUCUCAUUACGGGACCCAAUGGCUGUGGCAAGAGCUCCCUAUUCCGCAUUCUCAGUGGUCUCUGGCCACUCUACAACGGCCAGCUGCAAAGGCCGCCAAACAAGCAGAUGUUCUACAUUCCCCAGAGGCCGUACAUGGCUCUGGGUACACUGCGGGAUCAGGUGAUCUACCCGGACACACUGGAAGACAUGAGGAACCGUGGUUUCAACGACGGUGACCUCGAGGGCAUUCUCAAGAUAGUGCACCUGCAGCACAUCAUCAUCAGGGAAGGAGGAUGGGAUGCAGUUGGAGACUGGAAGGACAUCCUCUCAGGGGGUGAGAAGCAGAGGAUGGGCAUGGCUCGCCUUUUCUACCACAGGCCCCAGUUUGCGCUGCUCGACGAAUGCACAAGUGCGGUCUCCAUAGAUGUCGAGAGCCAGAUCUACCAGGCUGCCAAGGACUACGGCAUUUCUCUACUCACCAUCACCCACAGGCCGUCACUAUGGAAGUUCCAUUCACACCUGCUGCAGUUUGACGGCGAGGGUGGCUGGAGGCUAGAGCUGCUUGACACAUCGACCCGCCUCUCUCUCCGCGACGAGAAAGAGAACCUGGAGGCGCAGUUGGCGGGCGUUCCGCAGAUGGAGAGCCGUCUUCGAGAGCUCUGCUCUGUGCUUGGCGAGGAGUCGCUCAUCCUCGAAAACACGUCGGCUGCCAAGCGACCGCCCUCAGAAUUCGCCACCGAGAAUCUCUCGGACUAGCACCAUGACGCCCAUGACGCAAGCGUCUGUUCAAAAGCCUUCGAGAUGUUCGACUAAGAACACCAGAAGGAGAUCGCGGGCGAUCGACAACAACAGCAAGAGAAACAGUCGAAUAGAAAACACUGACUACUAAUGUAGUUGUGUUCACCACCACCAACAACAACAACAAGAACAGAAGAACAGUUGUAUAGAAACACUGACUUCCUAGGUAGUUGUCAGUUCAGCUUUAGCACUGUUGAAACGCGUUUUGCUCACGACAUUUCGCAUCACGUCCAAAUGCCUCGGGUAGAAGAUUUUCAUACUGAGAUUAGAUUUUGUACUGAAGACACCAACCUAGUUUAUAUAGGUUGCCAGUCAACCUAGUUAUGCAGGUAGAAAGAAGAGCCAGUCAAUUCCUCACAAGAAUCAUGUGCUGUGACAUUCUCAUUUUCGUUUGAGUGAAAUAACAAAGUCAACCGCAACACCCGACUUGCUCAGAGAAGAUGGGACAGCUGUAAAAACUCGUUACUGAGCCAUUGACGUAGUUGUGCAGAUUGACAAAAGCCUACCCCAAAACUUGUGUGUCCGUGCAUGUGUGCAUCAAAGAAGAGGCCUGCAGCAUAGACAUACAGAACUGCACACACACUGGCAAAGUGUCGGCAGUACAUCUCAAAUCGAGACAUGUCAUUUUAUGAUUUGACAGUGUUGAUAUUGACUGUUCCGAGACAUUUGUGUGGUUCUGGGUAGGUUUUGGCCGUCAUUGAAGGGUUAAGAUUGCAUUGAGAAGACAGGGCUUUGUAUUUUGGAAUGCGAAACGGUGCACUCUUCGACAAUGCAUAGUUGGCUUUGCACUCAGGAGCGUUUGAAAACAGACUCGUAGGAUAGUAUAGUUGGCCCUGGUGUCAGAUUUCUUCCGGCCCGACAGAUUGUAGACGCUGUAUUCUUUUUUUACGUAUAACCCGCACCAAAAAAACUUUUUGCAUUCGAAGCUAAAGUCUAGACAAAAAGUGCUACUUCCGAUGUAAAGGGUUGGCUUCAAGGCAGUGCUUUUGCACCCAUGCAAGGAAACCAGCUUUGCGGCAAUACAUGGGGAUCGUUCUUAAAAAUUUUUCUGCGAGUCAUUGUCGAGGCUGCACGUUACACGUUAUAAAAUACCUAACUUAAGGCACCAUACUUAUUGGCUGACGAGGUGUGCAUCGGCUGACCUUAACUCUGUCCAGUUUGCCAUGCAAACAGAACAGUUUUACUUAAUUCUGGUGGGAAAAAAGCAUGUUAUACCAAGCUUUGGAGCCCAUAGCUCAACAUUAAUUUGGAGGUCUAGGAUGACUGCUCAGCCGUUUGUUUAGCACCGACCCAAGGUGUGGUGGAACUGUGGGGUAUUGUCCUUGCGUGCUUGUGCGGAGUUUUGUCAGACUGUGAGAGUUUGGUGCGUCGAUUGGGUUGCGAUUUCACUCGCCGGGGCCCCUGUCGAACCAAAGCAAAACUGCGCGAGAUGAGCUGCAUCGAGUCAUGUGCCUGUCGGCUGGGGGUGCGCAAGGGGGCGACGUACUUGUAACCUCUGUUUUUCUCGUGGUCACAAUUACACGUUGAGUAACUUGUUUCCUAGACGUGACACCGAGGGAGUUUCACACUUCACCCAUUGCUGUUGUUGGCAAGAAUAAAAGUACGAAGUUGUGUGUUGGUCCACUUAUUAAUUAAUUUUAAUUCCUGCUGACAAGGGAACCUGGUCUAAUUGCAAUGGGACAUUUCCAAACUAGGGACGUCAUUGGAGCUGCAUUUCAAUUAGAAGAUUCGACCUUUUUAAGUGUAGCAAGCACUUCUCUAAGCGACUUUUCUUUGUACUCCUCGCUUACCAUUCUCUUCCAUUUCAUGCAGGCUUGUUUCCUCCUCCCCUCUUUGGAGGGUUGGGAGAGUUGGCUAGUCGUACGUUAAUUACUGUUACAGCACAGUUGCUACUGAGGCGAAGGCAGUACCUUUCAUCGAAACUUUGGCUCCAGUGACAGUCCUUCUGAUAACUUCUCAUUCUUUCAAGCCUUUUUUUUUUUGUAAACCUCUGUCCAGCCUGCUCUGAGUUUGGUCUCUUUUAACGUGGCUUCGGCUCUGAUGGGAUCUUAAUCACAUCCCCAGUGAUAUGAUAGUCUUUCCUGUGUCUGUUUGGGUGAGACUUCGUUGUGCAUGCCCGACAUGACAGUACUAAGUUGCCACGAUGGUGAUGUGCGGAGUGUUUGGUUCAUCAUUUUUACUGAUGAAGUGUUAUACUUAGUUCUGCUAAUACGUACUUGCACUUGCUGUAUUUACAGCAUCGAAAUCCUCUUUUAAACUGAUGGCUUAGUUUUUUUCUGUAUUAUUGCUAUAGUGAAACUUGUGUUGCAGCGACUUUCCUCGCGGCUAGCAAAGGCGGAAGUUGCUUGUCCAAAGCGCGGUGACAGUUUCUCGCAUCUGAUCUUCGUUAAAAACAAGUUGCCGCACUCCAGCUUGCACAAAUGCGUUCAUUUUAUUAAAUCUGCAUUACCAAGAGCUCCGCUCAGUGCGGGCUUGCUCUGAUGAUCUCUUCAUCAAAAAAAAUUGGUUAUCACUAGUGCUUUUCUUUUCUACUCGGUAAUGUAAAACACAUAGCUCCACUGAACCCUGAAGGCUGUCGUCGAAAAGGAUACAGUCCUAAAGAGCAUUCCUUGUUAGCAAAGUGUGUGUGUGUUUUUUGUUUUUCAGCCCGAAUGCAGCUUGUUUACUCAGGAAAAGUACCAUCAACAAAGGCUUGGUGGGGAAUAAAUGGUUAACAGAGGAAA